GCAAUCACUUUUGCGCAAGAAUUGUAUCAACUAUUGAUUGGCGAUCAGCGCGUUUACAUACGUCGUAUAACGAUGCGAUCGCGACGGAGUUGCCUGCGAAGUAAAAUCGAUCCAUCAAUCCCACGUGGUUCCACGUAAAGAUACGGACGUCCAAGAGAGGAGAUGCUCCAAGGGUCGCGAAUGAUCGGCGGAAGUGCGCGAGGGAGCGGCCCGUGAGAAUCGUCCUGGUGGAUCGCGCAUACUGGGAACGUCUUCUUCGCGUUAGGAGGAUGGACAGGGGCGAUAACAAUAUUGUCGGAAGUGGUGGAAGUAGCGGAAGUGGCGGCGGUGGCGGUGGAGGCGGUGGAGGUGGCGGCGGCGGCGGAGGCGGAGGCGGCAUCGGCCUCGGCGUGGGCUGUCACGUGGGAAAUUCUGGAUCCCCGCCAAACUCCACCUCGUCGACCCACGGCACGAUGCACAACUCCUCCGGCGGGUUCGACGGCCAGACUAGUGACAGAGGAUGGGAGAUCCACCAUAUUAAGGUGACCAGAGUCCCAGGUUAUGGCUUUGGAAUAGCUGUGUCAGGAGGUUGUGAUAAUCCUCAUUUCACUAAUGGCGACCCAGCGAUCGCAAUCUCUGAUGUGCUCAAAAACGGCCCAGCUGAAGGAAAAUUACAAGUGAAUGACCGUAUUAUCUCCGCCAAUGGAAAAUCGUUGGAAGGCGCCGAUUACGCAAAAGCUGUGCAGGUUUUGCGGGAUUCUGGUUCUACCGUUUUGCUAGUUGUUAAACGAAGAGCUUUCUCGAAUUCACCCAGUUGUUUAGGCAGCGGAGUACCUCAGAGUCAUCGGCUUACACUCACACGAAACAACAAAAAAGAUGACUUCGGCAUAAUCCUGGGAUGCCGAUUGUACGUGAAGGAGGUUACGCGAGAGAAUAUUGGAGUGAAAACCGGGGACGUGUUAACCCGAAUAGGUAGCGUCGCCGCCGACAAUAUGAGUUUGAAGGAAGCUAGAAAGCUGAUGGACCAGUGUAAAGACAGACUCUCGAUUGUAAUUACGCGGGAUAACUCAUGCUGUCAUGUGCAGCAACAAGGUAAAGGGGAUAGUGGUGAAUACUUGUCGGGCGCAAGUUACAGUAGUCAGAACUUAUACGUUCCGCCACCCACGAGGCAGCCUUUAGAAGAUAAGAGUAACCUCGUGCCAAGGGGCCGCUCGCGAGGUCCGCUGAUGGACGUAUCUCUGAGCCAGCUAGAUCUACCAGCUACGCCCACUGUGGAUCCACCUAGACCACCUCCACCGAGACCGGAAGAUUAUUAUAGUACGCGUAGACAAUUGUACGAUGAAGAUUCGGUUUCGCCUCGGACGAAACAACCUAUGCCGGAUCCUCGAUUUAUUACAUUUCAAAAGGAAGGAUCCGUAGGCGUACGAUUAAGUGGUGGCAAUGAAACCGGGGUCUUUGUAACCGCAGUUCAAGCGGGAAGUCCCGCAUCGCUUCAGGGUCUUCAGCCAGGAGAUAAAAUUCUAAAGAUAAAUGAUAUGGACAUGAAAGAAGUCACGAGGGAAGAAGCUGUACUAUUCCUUCUUAGCUUACAAGAACAAAUCGAUCUUAUCGUGCAACAUCGACGUCAGGAAUAUGACCAAAUUGUUGCAUCCGGCAGAGGCGACUCUUUUCACAUAAAAACUCAUUUCCACUAUGAGCAACCACAGAAAGGUGAAAUGAGCUUUCGCAGUGGCGAUGUCUUUCAUGUGGUGGAUACUCUUCACAAUGGCGUCGUAGGAUCCUGGCAAGUUUUCCGAAUUGGACGAAACAAUCAAGAGGUACAAAAGGGUAUCAUACCUAACAAGGCUCGGGCUGAGGAACUUGCAACCGCACAGUUCAACGCUACGAAGAAAGAGAUGAGUGCUAACGAGAGCAGAGGUAGCUUCUUCAGGAGAAGAAGAAACAGUCACAGACGCUCGAAAUCUUUAGGAAGGGACCAUUGGGAUGACGUAGUGUUUUCUGAUAGCGUAAGCAAAUUUCCGGCUUACGAACGUGUGAUCUUAAGACAUCCUGGAUUUGUCAGGCCUGUCGUUCUCUUUGGACCUGUAGCCGAUCUUGCUAGGGAAAAGCUUUUAAAAGAUUUUCCUGAUAAGUUCACUUCGCCACAAAUGGAAAGUCAAAUGGAAGAUGGUACGGGGAAGAACACCAAAACAUCCGGUAUCAUUCGCCUGAGCGCUAUCAGGGAAGUGAUGGAUAGGGGCAAGCACGCGUUGCUUGACAUUACUCCGAAUGCCGUAGAUCGUUUAAAUUACGCUCAAUUUUAUCCGAUCGUCAUUUUUCUAAAGGCCGAGACGAAGCAAGUCAUCAAAGAGAUGAGAGCUGGCAUACCAAAAUCAGCGCACAAAAGCAGUAAAAAACUUUUGGAGCAGUGUCAAAAGCUUGAUAAGAUCUGGGGACACGUAUUCAGCGCGGUGAUCACUCUCAAUGCACCGGAAGCUUGGUACCGGAAGCUGAGAGAGCUCAUCGAUCGCCAACAGCAAAGUUCGCUAUGGAUGAGUCAAACCAAGCCGGAAGAAGCUCUCUCGGAUGACUUCCUAUUCCCGAUGACUUCUCGCCUCUCCUACGCUUCCUCUCCGGAGAGCGAUUUGGAGCUGAGCCCAGCGCCCGUUAUUCCUGGUACUUUGGGUCCACCAUCGCGAUUAAAAAGUAGUUCCGAUCCGAGUAUUGCUACUCAAGACGAUACUACUGCACCGCCACCGUAUUCGACGAAUUAUCAGCAAUCGUUCGAACAGCAGAAGAGAAGAUCCCAAGGAGUAGGCGAUAGCAAAUAUGGCUUCUCCUUGUCCGGUCAAAGGAGUAAUCAGUCCGGUUCGCCGGAAUAUCUGGGCAGUUCCUUCGAGCCUAGAUCUCCUCAUCAUAGUCCACCGGACCUUCCACCACGAGUUGAUCGAAAUGCGAAGCCGAUUAAUCAAACGCCACGGGGGACAAUAGGGCGAUCCGCUCAGGAACGUCUAGGAGUGAAUAAAACUGACUCAGUUCUAGAUAUGGGGAAUUACAUCAAUGCGACCCCUCACAAAGCAAAUGCUACAUCAUCUUUGGAACGAGCUCAACCGAAAGCGGGAAGUUAUGACAGUAUGUCUUCCUAUGAUUCGUACAACAAUACUAAUGGGAACGCGAACUACGGGAUGGCGAAUUUGAACACAUCGACAGGUCGUUUGGGCCCAAAUGUACCUGAUGAUCUCAAAAGCAGCAACAUACCAGCGAGAGCGCACGAUCCGUAUAGAUUCACUAGAUCUACGGUUCAGCCUGGUUCCACGCACGAUGCUCAAACGCGAACUGAUUAUGCCAAAUAUAGCCGAUCUACCGACUACAAAUCGAUACCAAUUUCACAAAACAAACCACCAGGCACUUAUAAACCGAUUCCACCUCCAAAGCCGAAGAAUUACAGGCCACCUCAAGCGUCGCUUGCACAAACGGAGAACAACGGAAACGAUGGGAGUAAUUCAUAUCAACACUCAAAGAGUUACUCUAUUGCUACGUCGCAUGUACAUAAUGGGGUAGAAAGCAACAGUAACAUGCAGCGCAACAGCGGUCAGUAUUACUACAACAUCCCGCCACCUGGUCGUCACAACGACGGCAAUAUUGUGAAUUCACAUCACAAUUUAAGUCAUCUUACGUCGCCGACACACAGUCACAGCCUCAGUCAUACGCAUUCUCACUCAAGCCCACCAGUAACCACCACGCAUUCCCACAGCAACAGUACCGGCCAAAUCAGUCUCGGUUUGCCUCAUAACCGGAACAGUACGAAUCACAAUGGAUAUAUGCACGGUAAUAAUCACGCUCCCGCAGGUCCACUCUAUCCCUCCGCUAAUCCUGGACACAAUAGGGAACCCAGCGGUCUGGACUUGGCUGGUAGCCGAGAGCAAAGAGGAAGCGCUUUCGAACUCUACCGAAAGCCGGUCCAUCAUUACAAUAUGAGUUAACGUGUAUCCUGAUGCAAGACUAAUUAUAUUAGGAUAAAUUAUCGAAUUUAUUGGAGUGUGCAGAGGAAUGAAUCGUGCAAUGUCGUAAACAUAAAUAAAAGAAGAAACGAAGUUGUGCGUUAGCUAAUACAUAAUAUUACGAAGA